AUGAUAUACGACCUUCUAACGCCACUUACCGUACACGCAAUUCAAGCCCUCCAGAAGCAACGCACACCAUCGAAGCAGCCCCACGAAGCUCCGAGUAUUAUCUUCAACGAUUUCGAUCUUAUCGGCGUAACACUCCCCUAUAGUGAUCCAUUGGUCAUUGAGCUACACGUAAAUCGAUUCGUCGUUGAAUGCGUCUUCAUAGACCAAGGAAGCACUUUCGAGGUUAUGUAUUAUGAAACCUUCGUCAAACUUGGUUUCAAUCAAUCAGACCUAUCUCCGGCUCCUCAUCCAUUGUUUAGCUUCAACGCGAAUCCAGAGUAUCCGUUGGGAAAGAUCACACCACCCGUUCAAGCCAACUCCCGAACGAUGGAUGUAGUGUUCUUGGUCAUCAAGCUCCCAUUGCCGUAUAAUAUCAUCAUGGGGCGAACUUGGUUGCACGCUAUCCAAGCCGUGCCUAGCACCUACCAUCAGCUGCUGCGCUUUCCUACCCAACACGGUAUUGAGCGAAUCCGCGGUUCCCGGCACUUCGCACCAGUAUUCUGUCCCCAUCAUGAAAUACUGAAUUGA